AGUAUAAGGAAAUAUCGCUUUUCUGGAAUAACUAGAGAAAUUGCAGCACAUUUUAUUUGAGUCUGUUUAUGAUUUAAAUGCAGGCAGCGAAAGGCCCUCCAAAAGCCGUUUGCAUGGUCCAAUAAGACGGGAUGUUGCCUCUCCUGCACCCUCCUCGGUCCACAACGCUCACUGACUCGCUUCUAAUCCCUUUUUGAUGAACUUGGUUAAUGGACCUCCUGCGGUGGCUUUGGCUCUGUUCAUUAGGCAGCACACGACCUUCUCCACGCCCCCGGAUUCACGCAAGCCGCGUCCCCCCCGUGUCUCUCGGGUCCAUAAAUUCCCGUCCCAGAGUUGGGGAAGUUUGAACUUGCGCUUCCGUCCCCGGCGCCGUCUGGUUCUGGUUCUGCUUCAGAGGAACAAGUGGAGACAUGCCGCCGCGUAAAAGCCUGUUUGCGCCCUUCAUCACCGCAACUCCGGAGGGCGGGGUCGGCCCCGCGGCCCCCGUGGGUCUCAGCGGGGACAUGCACGCCCUGCUGCAGCGGACCCGAGCGCAGGAGCAAGCCGAGGCGGCGCUCUCCAGAGACAGCCGUGACUUCUGCGAGGCGUCCCCGUGCGCCAUCGUGGAGCUCCGGCUGGGCCCCGCCCUGCACUACUUGCAGCCGGACAGGUGCGCCCUGGAGCGGGCGCAGAGGCGGCGGCGCCUGGCCGCCAACGCCCGGGAGAGGAGAAGGAUGCUCGGACUGAACGUGGCGUUCGACCGGCUGCGGAGCGUCAUCCCGAACCUGGAGAGCGAGAAGAAGCUGUCCAAAUCGGAGACUCUGCAGAUGGCCCAGAUUUACAUCAGCACCCUGACUGAGCUGCUGCAGGACGGGACCGGGACCUGCGGGCCUUCGGAACCGAACAGAGCUGGACCCGAGGGUGAGGUUCGGAACGCGGAGAGGAGCAGAUAACUGGAACGCGUGACAGAAACUGAGGGACAUUAAAAGACUCAAACUUUUUUUUUUUUUACUGUUUUCUACUGAUUGUAAAUAAAUCCUGCAAUAAUGUUUCUAUGUUUUUAUAUUCACGUUAUUUAAGAGAUUUCAGAUUUUUUUUUCUCCCUCUUUUGACACAAUAUCCUCAAAAAAAAAAAAAAAAAAGAAUUAGUGCCAAGUGAUAAUUCAGGACAUUGAGGGGGGGGG